UUUUUUUUUAGUUAUUUACCUUUGUGUGUUUUUUUUGUUUCCCUCCUCUCUUCUUCAACAACUCCUCUAUCUCUCUCUCUCCUGAUUUUUCCUUCUAUCAAAACUGGAGAAAGCAAAUCAAGAAAAGGGAAGAAGAAGCAGAUGUGUCCAUUAAGGCUUAUCCUCAUAUUCCUUUCGGCGACUCUCGCUGGCUUCUUCGUCCUCAAGAAGCUCAACUCUACCUCCGACGAUCCUCUCGACGAUUCCUUCACCGACGAAGCUGAACCCGCCGACGACUCAGCCUCCGGAUUCUCCAAGGUGGGAAUGGCAAUGAAGUCUGGAUUUUGGACAUGCGUUGACAUGGCAAGUGGUCGCUAUCUCUGGAACCAUAUCUGCUCCGAUUCCAAACGCUCUUCUUGAGUUUUGUUACUCUCUCUCUCUCUCUCUCUUUCCUGUCUCUAUUUUCUGUAACUGUGUAAUUGCUGCAAUGGACGGCCGCAUACUGUCUCUGUACACUAUAUAAUAGAUCUUAUCUUCACUACUAAAUCUCUCAAUAAAGUGGAAGUCUUAUGUUUAUGUU